AUGGCGACUGCAGCUCUGGUCAUUCCCACCCUUCUCCCGACCAUAGCCAUGAUGGAGGUGAGCACCGCAGUCCCUUCGUGGGAAGCGGGCGGCAACGAAAGCAUGCCGACCGUCGCUUUCAACAGGACCUACCAGGACCCCACCUAUUACUCGGUCAACUACCGCAUCAUCGGCACCAUUUUCCAAGGCAUCAUCUUCGGGGUCGGUGUCCUUGGCAACAUCAUGGUCGUCAUCGUGGUCAUGCGCACACGCAGCAUGCACACGCCGACCAAUUGCUACCUGGUCAGCCUGUCCGUGGCUGACUUCAUGGUCCUGGUGGCCUCGGUACCCAACGAGAUUAUUUCGUACUACGUGCUGGGUGACGAGUGGAUCUGGGGACGGGCGGGCUGCGCCCUCUUCAUCUUUCUUCAGUACCUAGGCAUCAACGCCUCGUCCCUAUCCAUCACGGCGUUUACGGUGGAGCGAUACAUCGCCAUCUGUUUACCCAUGAAGGCUCAGACCGUGUGCACCGUCAAGCGGGCCAAGAAGAUCAUCCUGGGCGUCUGGCUGUUCGCCUGCUCCUACUGCUCCCCGUGGCUGGCGCUCACCACCACCGAGGCGGUCUACUACAAGGGACACGAGAACAUAGAGACAUGCACCUUCGCCCUGUCACGCCACCACUACCGAAGCUACUUCUUCGCCGACAUCAUCCUCUUCUACGUCGUGCCGCUGCUGCUCUCCUGCGUCCUCUACGGACUCAUGGCCAGGGUGCUCUUUCAGUCCAACUUUUCUGCCAAGGCCAACGGGACAGACUCUAAGAAGUCUGCCAGCAACAGCAGCUCCAGAGUCCAAGUAGUGAAAGUUGUGCAGAUAUUAGAACGACUAUCGUGUUGCGGCCUGUGGGUGUGGCGAAGCGCCUUGCACGCACGCCCUCGUUUCAGUCGUGCAAGAAAGCGGAUUGCUAGAGCGAAGAGUAGGGUUCUUUUCGGCUUCACUAUAAGACCGACGAAGUCCUCGAAGUAUUCCGUCCGAAGUCUGGAGUAG